CGCCGCCGCGCAGGCGCAGAAGGCGCUGCUGUGAGGCGGCCGCCGGAGAGGCCUGGCGCGCUGGGCGCCGGUGUGGGCGAUGCUGCAGAUGCGGGACUCGGUGGAAGGCGUCGGGCCGGGCUCCUGCGAGGGCUCCUGCGGGGCGGCGCUGCUGGUGCCCGCGGCCGAGGCCGACGUGCCCUUCACACCGACGGGAGAGCUGUCGCCCUCCGCCUCGCUGUUGGCGCAGGCGCCGCCCAGGCAGACCCUGCGGCCCCUCAGCGUCCGAAACCCCACCCGCGGGGGCCGCCUCAAGGAGUACUUCGUCUUCCGGCCAGGAACAAUAGAGCAGGCAGUGAACGAGAUACGAGUGGUGGUGAUGCCAACUGAAGAUGGAGAAGUGCAGAGUGUAUGGCUGCUGACUGAAAUUGAUCACUGGAACAAUGAGAAGGAGCGCUUGGUUCUCAUUACUGAUUGGUCCCUUUUGAUCUGUAAAUAUGACUUCAUCAGCCUGCAGUGCCAGCAAGUGACUAGAAUAUCACUUAAUGCCGUUGAUACAAUUUCCAUUGGAGAAUUUGAGUUUCCUCCUAAAUCACUGAACAAACGAGAAGGCUUUGGAAUCAGAGUCCAGUGGGAUAAACAAAGCCGUGCCUCCUUCAUAAAUAGAUGGAACCCAUGGUCCACAAAUGUGCCAUAUGCCACCUUCACAGAACAUCCGAUGGCUGAUGCUGAUGAAAAGAUUGCAUCUCUUUGUCAAUUGGAGAACUUCAAAACUCAACUGAUCCAAGCUGUGAAGAAGGCCCACAAGGAGUGCCCUCUGCCUGGGAGGGCAAAUGGAGUUCUGCUGCUGGAGCGCCCUCUUCUCAUUGAGACCUAUGUGGGAUUGAUGUCUUUCAUCAAUAAUGAGGCCAAGUUGGGCUAUUCAAUGACAAGAGGCAAAAUUGGAUUUUAAAAGUCUGCUUCCAAAAAAAGGGUGGAGAGAGCACUGCCUAUCAAGUCCCUGGAAGAAAAAAGAGAGAGAGAGACGAACAAAUAGGAGUUUCCAGCUCAUCUAAUAGAAGUCUUGCUUGUCAUAAAAUUCAUUUGGUGAGUCAAAUAAAUAUUCCAGUGAAAAGUUCUUUCCCUCUGUCAGUGUGUCUCAAGUAAGCCACCUGCAUAUUUUGAAGCAUGGUUUCAUUUUUAACUUUUGCAAGUGUCCUAUUUACAUAUGCUUGAGGUUCUGUUUUGCAGGGAUAAAAGUUCUCUCUCUUGAUUUAAAGAGAGCACCUGUCGGUUUGACAGGUUGUGAACUGUUUUGGUAAUGUGAUUAUUUUGUCGGAACCCAAGUUAUUUUCUGUUUAUCUUUGGAGACUGCACAUUUGAGUGGAAAUGUGGUUGAGUGAUGGUAGUUGCCUUUAAUAACCUUCUAUAGUCAGAUGCAAAUGCAUCUAGCUACAGCUUCUCGUUGCAGUCAGAUAUCCAAAGAAGUCUCACUGUGAACACACAAGCAGCAGUGUCUGAUUUUUAUAUUAACUUUUGCCACAUGGGAUCAAGUUUUUUUAUCUUACAGGAAAAGGGAAUUUUUGAUUAGCUUUCUACUUUGUUUUAAUCUAAACUAGAUGAAUAGCACCAAAGUACCUCUCUAAUAAGAGGGCUAGGAGAAAAGACUAUGGACAUUUCCUUAAAACUAGACAAACCUGUAUCUCUUAAAAGUCAAGUAUAUAGAGACUUUCUGCUCUAUUGCAUGAAUAAUGUUC